GAAAUCGACAAGAUUUGGGUUUCCUGCAUGCUGUUCCGCCAGGACAUCCCACGGUACCUGGCGCUCUGCGUGGGUGAGGCCCGCAUCCGCAUGGACCUUCAGGACACCCCAGCGCCCCUGGACUUCAGAGGUCAGGGGGGGCAGACGGGGAAACCGCCGGUCAGCCCCUCCGUCCUGCGCUUCUUCUCUCAGCUGCUGUCUCUGCACGUCUCCUCCGUCAACGUCAUGGUGCUGAACUUGGUCAUCCCAGAGUCUCUGUGGCAUAUGACGGUGGCCACCACUGCCCUGCUGCUGGACCAUGAUGGCAAAAGGGUGGCGUGGGAGUUCUCAGUGGGCCAGCUGAGCAGCAAGGUGCUGAAGAGCAGCCGACUGCAGGACACCUGCCUCGCGGAGGCCUCUCUGGGCCUGGAGCUGACCGGCGACAUGGGGGUGCCGGAGCUGCGGCCCGGGAGGCUGGGGCUGGCGGUGCGCGCCCUGCAGGCCGAGCUGCACGAGGGGCUGUUCCACAGCCUGCUGCUCCUGCCCCGUGCUGCCCCGGUGCGCCCCGCGCCGGACACCGCUGCCGCCUCCGGAGGCGAAAAGGAUUCCUAUGUCCAGUCAACUGCUGUCGAAAAGUUUCACCGGCUGAUUCCGCAGAGGGUCAAUGUGGAUUUUGAAAACACCAAUGUCACCCUGUCCAUGCUCAGCCAGAGCAGGCACUUGAACUGGACCCUGAAGACUCUGCAGGUGCGGUACAGCCGGGAGGACGAGCAGCUGCCCCUGAGGAGCUUCACCCCGGAGCUCAGCUUCCCGCAGAGCAACCUGGAGCUCCUGCUCGAGGAUGGCCUUCUGCUGUCCCAGAGCCGCCAGAGGAUGAUCUGUCUCAGCGCUCUCAGGACCAUCCUGCAGGUACGCCACCACCCGAUGAAGCUGCAGCACCUCAUGGACAUUUCCACAGACCCGCAGAGCCUGAAGACUCAGAGCCUGCACCGGAGGGCCAGCCUCUCCCUGGACCACUUCUGGUGGCGAGUGGGGCAGGGCUCCCAUAUCCAGCAGGCCCCCCACCCCCCCGGGAAGCACGUCUGGGGGGAGGCACUCAUCCUCGACUCCCUCGCUCUGCAGGGAAGCUGCAAUAUCCCCCAGCUGGAAACCACCAGCCAGUCGGAGACCGUCUUCCUGGAGUCCAGUUUGAGUGGGCUGCAGGUGGAGGUUUCGGAGACGUGCGCCCAGUGUCUGUCCCGGCUUGUGUCCCUGCUGUCCAGUGAUGCCGAGAAGAGACUCGAGGGGCCAGGCCACUGCCAGGACAUGGAGCAAACGGCCCCGGUCCAUCCUCCCCACCCCCCUCCGCUGCUCCUCCGCCUGGAGCUCGGCCUCGAGGACGUCAAUGUGUUCACCCUCUCCAACGUCGCAGGAGCCGUGUCUCUGCGGGUGGACGCCGUGAAGACUCUGUGCACUGUGGAGAGUGCCCGGAUGUCGGUGCAGGGGGUGUCGCUGUCUGUGGUGAAGCAGCUCACAGAGACCACACAGCCAUGCUGCUCUGCGGCCGACGCCCCCAGCCCCCUCCUUAGCCUCGCCUCGCUCGUCGCCUGCUACCAUGCCAGCACCUGGGCCCUGGAGAUCCAGUGUGAGGAGCAGCUUGCAAUGCAGUGGACCCCAGCAGACCACAUGUUCCUGUACCACCAUGUGGUGGAGUGCCAGGGCUCCUGGGGCCUGCUUGCCAGGGCCCUGAGGAGGGGUCCCAGUGAGGCCCCGGGGGAGCAGGAGGAGGGUGGGCCGCAGCAGGACCCCCACAGCUCUGCCCUCCCAACAGGGAGCUCGGCAGCGGGCCAGAAGAAGGUGCUGGGUCUUCGCCUGGAGCUGGGCCGCGCCUUGGCGACGGCCUUCGUCACAGAGCAGAACUUCAUCCGCCUGCAGAUUGAUGGGAUCUUGUUAACGCGGCACGGGGGCACGGUCCACCUGCAGGCGCCGCACCUGGUCUUCAACUUCGACGGCAACGAGAUCUUCUCCUUCAGGGGGACAGAGGUGCAGAUGCUGCCCGAGCUGGAGGAGAUGAUUUUGCACCGGAACAACUUUCCAUUCCUGACCACCCAGCGCAACCGCACUUGGGUGUUUGAAGUGCCCAGCCUGUCCGUGGAGUUCCCCUACCAGUAUGACUUCUCCAAGACGUUCGAUGAGGCCAUCAAUGUCCAGAAGUGGCUGAAGACUUUGUACCACCAACCCGGUAGCAGGACGGCGCCAGAGUCACUCCCCCCCGACCUAGUCUUCCGGAUUAGCCAGUUCUCCUUCGUGUUCCUGGAUGACGUCUUUGAGAUCAAGCUGCGGGACAACUACGAGCUGAUGAAGGACGAGAGCAAGGAGAGCGCCAAGCGCCUGCAGCUGCUGGACAAGAAGGUGUCCGACCUGCGCAAGCAGCACGGGGAGCUCCUGCCCGCCCGCAAGAUCGAGGAGCUGUACACCUCGCUGGAGCGCAAGCACAUCGAGAUCUACAUCCAGCGCUCCCGCCGGCUCUACGCCAACACGCCCAUGAGGAAGGCCCUGCUGACCUGGACCGUGUCGGACCUGGAGCUGGUGGUGCUGGCCGACCAGUCCCUCCACGGGCCCGAGAGGGUCCGGGAGCACAUGAGGGACAUCGAUGACAUCAGCCCGUACCCUCGCGAUGGGCUGCCCCUGGUCAUACAGUGGUGCCGCGCUGUCAAGUUCAAGCUGAACGCCUUCUUAGUGCGGAUCCGGGACUACCCGCGCUACCUGUUUGAGAUCCGGGACUGGGAGCUGGCGGGAAGGCUGAUCGGGACGGAGCAGGACGGGCACCCCCGGGCGCGGCGCAAGCAAGCGGUCCAGCUGGGACACCCCUGGGGAACCGUCACGGUGGAGCGGAACAUGCCCCCUCUCAAGUUCUACUACGACUUCCACUCGGAGAUCUCCCUGUACACCAUCGUCUGGGGGCCGUGCUGGGACCCGGCCUGGACUCUGAUUGGCCAAGCGGUGGACCUGCUGACGAAGCCCACGGCUGACCCCAGCCCCCCUCUGACCUGGUGGGACAAGAGCAGGCUGCUGCUGCACGGGCGCUGGGUCAUGGACAUCGACCAGGCCAACCUGCACCAGCUGGCCACUGAGGACCCCUACAACACCACGGAGAACAUGCACUGGGAGUGGAACAAGCUGAACUUCGACUGGAAACCAGGGCAGUUUGUGUACAGAGGGGACAUGGAUGUCAAUGUCAGGACUGCUUCCAAGUAUGACGACUGCUGCUUCCUGCACCUGCCGAGCCUAUGCAUGACCCUUGACCUGCAGUGGCUGUGCCACGGGAACCCACACGACCAUCAUUCCGUGACGCUGUGCUCCCCGGAGUGCGUGGCGGAGAUGACCUCCGGUCAGCCGCACGACUCCUACAGGGCCUUCCGCUCCGAGAACCUCAACCUCUCCAUUACCAUGGACCUCAACCAGCAUCGUGGGGAGGCGUGCCAGCCCCGGAUCCUGCUCUACAGCAGCACUCUGCGCUGGAUGCAGAACUUCUGGGCCACCUGGACCAGCGUGUCGCGGCCCAUCUGUCGGGGGAAGCUCUUUCAUAACAUGAGGCCGAUCCGCAAGAAGCUGGGCCAGCACUACAAACAGCUGUCCUACACCGCCUGCUUCCCACAGCUGCAGGUGCACUACUGGGCAUCCUUCGCCCAGCAGCGGGGGAUCCAGGUGGAGUGCAGCAAGGGACACGUCUUCACACGGGGGACGCAGAGACUCGUCCCGCAAGCUGGCACGGUGAUGCGGCGGCUGAUCUCCGAGUGGAACGUGACCCAGAUGGUCAGCGACCUGUCCCUGGUGACCGUCCACCUCAUGGCCUCCACCUGGGACGAGACGGCGGACCACCAGCCCAACGCCCAGGUGAAGAAGACCCACCUGCUGAGCCUGUCCUCACUCAGCUACCAGCGGCAGAGCAACCGCUUGGGAGAGGAGGUGUCGGCGAAGGAGGAGGGCAGUGCCUUUUACACCCACAAGCUGUGCCUGGUAGACCUGCGUGCCUCCUGGACCACCACCAACCGCAACAUCGCGUUCGGCCUCUAUGAUGGCUACAAGAAGGCCGCCGUGCUGAAGAGGAACCUCUCCACGGAGGCGCUGAAGGGGCUGAGGAUCGACACCCAGCUCCAGGCGAAGAAGCUGAAGCGCACGCUGUCCAGCUACUCGCCCACCCCCACCCCCACCCCAGCUGCCGCCUCCAACAGCAGGCCCGAGAAGAGCCAGAACGAGGGGACCUCGAUGCUGCAGAAGCUGAUCGAGGAGACGGACAAGUUCGUGGUGUUCUCGGAGGAGGACGCCGGCGUGAGCGACCAGCUGUGCGGCAUCGCGGCCUGUCAGACCGACGACAUCUACAACCGCAACUGGCUGAUCGAGCUGGUCAACUGCCAGAUGAUGCUGCGUGGUACGGAGACGGCGGGCUGCGUGCUGGUGUCUGCAGCCAAGGCCCAGCUGCUGCAGUGUGAGCACCACCCUGCCUGGUACAACGACACGCUCAAGCAGAAGACCACCUGGACCUGCCUGCUGGACGGCAUGCAGUACUUCGCCACCAUGGAGUCCAACCCCUCAGACCAGGAGGACUGGCAGCUCUGGCUGGAGGUGAAGAACAUUGAGGAGCACCGCCAGCGACACAUGGACUCCGUGCUGGAGCUGAUGGAGGGCGGGCAGGCUGUUGGGGGCAUGGUCAGCACUACCACUGACUGGAACCAGCCGUCUCAGGUGCAGCAGACGCAGCAGGUCCAGCGCAUUAUCUCGCGCUGCAGCUGCCGCAUGUACUACAUCGGCUACAGCCACGACAUCGACCCCGAGCUGGCCACGCAGAUCAAGCCCCCCGAGAUCCGGGACAGCCACGAGAAGGAGGACCUGCUGAAGAAACAGGAUGGAGCUGUCGAUACCUUCACCCUUAUUCACCACGAGCUGGAGAUCUCCACAAAUCCAGUGCAGUACGCCAUGAUCCUGGACAUUGUCAACAACCUGCUUCUGCACGUGGAGCCCAAGCGGAAGGUACCCAGGCAUCACAGCCUCUUAGAGAUCACUUUCUCAGCCAUAUACAAUUUCUUCCUGACUCUACAGAGCUCGCGGGGGUCUUGUGAGGGGCCGCAGACCACCAUGUUGUCCGGACGCUGCAGACAGCUGUCCCAGCAAGACGAGGUGAGGAAUGACGAGCUGUCCGACAUCAACCGGAAGCUGCAGGACCAGCUCAACCAGGAGAAGGUGGACAUGCAGAUGAAGAGCGAGGAGCUGAACAUACUGAUCAGGUGCUUCAAGGACUUCCAGCUGCAGCGCGCCAACAAGCUGGAGCUGCGCAAGCCGCCGGAGGACGUGAGCGUGGUGCGCCGCACCGAGAUCUACUUCGCCCAGGCGCGCUGGCGCCUCACGGAGGAGGACGGGCAGCUGGGCAUCGCCGAGCUGGAGCUGCAGAGGUUCAUGUACAGCAAGCUGAAUAAGUCAGAUGACACUGCGGAGCAUCUUCUGGAGCUGGGCUGGUUCACCAUGAAUAACCUGCUGCCCAACGCAGCGUACAAGGUGGUGCUGCGGCCCCAGAGCCCCUGUCAGUCAGGUCGACAGCUGGCCCUUCGCAUCUUCAGCAAAGUGCGCCCCCCUGUGGGCGGGAUCUCUGUCAAAGAGCACUUUGAGGUGAACGUGGUGCCGCUCACCAUCCAGCUGAUGUACCAGUUCUUCAAAAGGAUGAUGGGCUUCUUCUUUCCGGGGCGAAAUGUGGAGGAAGAGGAGGUGGGAGACGAGGAAGACAAGUCCAGACUGGUCACCACAGGGGUGCCCGCGGUGAAACCUCGGCAGCUCUCGGAGGACUCUGUGGGCGCCCUGGGGCCCAGCAAGGGGGUCACCCAGGGACUGAACCGCACUUCAGGGGUCAGGAGGUCAUUUCGCAAGCCCCCAGAGCACCCCGUGGAUGAUAUCGACAAGAUGAAGGAGAGGGCGGCCAUGAACAACUCCUUCAUCUAUAUCAAGAUCCCCCAGGUGCCUCUGUGCGUGAGCUACAAGGGCGAGAAGAGCAGUGUGGACUGGAAGGACCUGAACCUUGUACUGCCCUGUCUGGAAUACCACAACAACACCUGGACCUGGCUGGACUUCGCCAUGGCGGUCAAGAGGGACAGCCGCAAAGCUCUGGUGGCGCAGAUGAUCAAGGAGAAGCUGCGGCUGAAGCCGGCCUCCAGCUCGGACACGAAGGGCAAGGCGCCGGACGGCAAGUCGGACACGAGCCUGCAGCAGCAGGAGGAGGACGAGAAGGCGCGGCUCCUCAUCGGGCUGAGUUCCUCCGACAAGAGCGCCAGCAAGAAGGGCAUCUUCAGCCGCAGGAAGUGACCCCUGGCGCCGCCGCGGUGCCCGCCUCGGACUGCGGGACCCCCCUGUCCCGGCUCGGCUUGGGGCCGGGCCUGUGCGCUGGGAGCACAGAGAGGGCAGAGUGGCGGAAAAGUUGUGGGGGGGCGUUUUCACCGAAUCCUCCUUCCCCCCCCCCGGAAACGGGUGCUUUGUCGGGACAGUCGGAGAGCAAAGCAUUGCACGGGGAAAAAAACAACCGGAAUCGCCAUCAGCCAGAUGGACCCAGAGCAUUCCCUAGCCAUCGCCCAAAACUGCCUUCAGUAUCCCCUGCGGGAACGCUACCGCUGUCCGGCUGGAAUCUCGACUGUUCAGCUCACCGGGAGCAGAAGGAACGGAGCAGGCGCCGGCUGGAGACCCGAGGCCGGCUCCGGGGAUUGUGUCUGGUGUAAAUAAAGAGCACUGUGCACAUGGGUAACUUCAUAUCUCACACGAGGAGUAGCGCUUGGUGUGGCGGUGGGGGGGGGGAGGCUGUCUGAUCCAGGAUGAAAACGUUUCCGCUUCAGAACCGGUUUCUCUGUCGUUAUCAGUAGUUUAUUUUUUAAUUCACUUUUUUUUUUAAAAAAAAAAGCUUUCGAUCAGAUAUUUAAAUCAUGAUGAUGAUGGAAGUCAGCUCUUUUUUUUUUGAUUCGCUCAGUUGUGAGGUGUGUACCGGUGGGGUUUAUCAUUUUUCCCCUUAGGAAAGCCGUCUCAUUAGUAAGAGAGGUUGAGCACUAUACUGUAUACUAGGUUUAAAAGAAAAGACUUGAUUGCUGUCUUCUUAUUUUCUGUGAUUCUUGGCUGUAAAGUAGUACACAAAGUACACAACAAGAGCAUUGUAGUUGUAUUCCUUCACCCCCUGUGUUGUCCCAGUGCCCCAGACUUCACACUUUUCUGUAAGACUUUUUGAUAAAGUCUUAUUCGCUGUGCAUUUGUCCGCUUGAUAUGAGGAGAAAAUAAAGGCCGUAAGAAAAGAAGGUGAAAGAAUGAGCUGUUGCCUUUUCCUCUCGCAUGCUAGAGGUGCGUUCUUUGUGGGGACUGUACUCGUGCUCUUGUUAAAGGAUUGUGUCCGCCUGGUUGUCCUCUGCUUUUGCCCACUGUCUGCGCCCAUACCCACUCCCUCUGCCAUGUCGCGCGAAUCCAGUGGCUUUCUGAUUUGUAGAGGAGACAAGGAGACGUGUUUGGGGGACCACCCCCCCUGCCUCUGAGCAAUCCUCGAUAGGCUGAUUCUCUUUGGCUGCCGGCCAGGUCUGGGGUCGCACCCUGGUCCAUCCUGGGCCCCGUUUCGGUCGCUGGUGUCCCUCCUGCAGGGGGAGGGGGACCGUGUGCUUGGGGCAGGCGGCACAUUGUGAGCUGUCGGGACCUGAGAUUAGUGAAGGAGGCCUCUACAGUGGAUCCAUUAAUCUCCUUUGUUUCCAUGGGCAGACAUCACGCCUGGUCUCUGAACACCCUGCUGAAGCCAAUAGCUGUAAUAGGGCAAACGUUUUUGCCAGCUCAGGUUUUCAUGUAAAAUGUCUUUCAGGCUCCCACUGCCUAGGGUGUGUGGUACUGUAGCAUUCGGUCUGGCGACCCCAGAUUGCUCCUGAAAAAAUAAAACCUUCUUUCUGCCCAUUACAGCCAGUGCAAUCCUGGCUUAACAGGAACAGUGUUGGAUGUUGGCACAGGUCUUUAUAGCAUUCUCUCCCAUGGGUUAACGGCAUUGGUUCCUACUGUACCUCUUAUUUAACAUGGCUGCUGGCGGAGAUGGCUGUUAAGGAAGGAGAGAGGGAUAUUAACAGAAAGCACAAUGUUCCGGGUGUGACUGCUCAGGCUUUCUGCUCUACGCCGUUGUAGUGCAACAUUGUCCCUAUCCCCCUGUGUGCAAUACCUCAGUUAUAGCGCAAAGUUAGAGCAUAGUGCUGAAAUAUCCGAUUUACUUGUUGAACUUGUGUUCUGGCAACGAGGUUGAUCACAGUCAAAAUGAGUUUCCUAGUGCAGAUCUGAGCGAUAUUUUGUAACUUUAACACUAUGGCACUUUUUAAGCAAAGGAUUUUGGAAUAUUUUUGUAACCUCGGCGUCUUUCUUUCUAAAUUCUGUGCAUGGCACAUGCUCCUUCUUCUUUCUUUGUUAGCCUCACUGAAGAUGACGUUGGGUAGAACGUUUCAGGGAUCCGAAAGGCAGAAGGGUUUUCUUUCUACUCUUCCCUAGGCUGUGUUUUUUUUUUUCGUUUUAACUGAUAACGGAGGGAAGGAUGUACCAGUCACCAUGCAUGUGAUUGAAAUUGUCUUUGUCAAUAAAAAUACUACCUGUACACACA